AUAGUUUAUAUAUAUAUAUAUAUAUAUAUAUAUAUAUAUAUAUAUAUAUAUAUAAAUUAUGUGUGUUUCAAAUUAUUUUAACAUAUGCGUUGCUUCCAAUUAUACGAUACAUUUGUAAUCGAAGUAUCAUUUUAUUGGAUUCGGUUUUCGACGCUUACAACACACGAAAGUGAUUUUCAUUCAUGCUAAUAAAGCGACAAAAUUAACGUACAAUGUAUUCUUUCCAUGCUUGCAGCGUUGAAAAUUAGACUAUGGGAUUCGGCUGAUUCGCUCGUUAAACGGAAUUAAUGCGUAAUGACACGGCGAAAAAUCUGUAGGUUGGUCGCUGGUGAGUUCACAACUAAUGAUCAGCUCGAUCACAUCGACGAGUGAUAUGAUAUACCCUUCUGCACAUGUAUAGAUCGCUGGCUAGAAGUGAAUUACGUAAUCUUUUGCUAAUGUACGCAUGCUCUGGGCCGCGCAUCUACGCAAUUCGGUGUGUCAUCGUAAAUGCGUAAUAGACUCGGUGAAUAUUAAUUAGCAAUUGUCCACGUAUCGUGUCCAUCUGUAUGUAUGUACCUCGUGAAUUUUGCGCACGUUCGCUCUUAUACGCUUUACCAAAAUUUAUGUGCGUUGUUACAAAGCGAACGUAAUUUCGCGUACGUUUUAUCAACGUGUAAUCUAUAACUUCGUAGAUCACACUGUAAUUUCAUGUUGUUUCCAUUAGUUCGGCGAAAGAAUUAUAAAUAACCACAUGACACGACGGAGAACACAAAUAUUGACUUCUCUCGUGCGUACACGAUAUAAAUAUCGUUGGAUAUACGUGGCACGAUACUUCGCUAUAUCCGCGCGACGUUAUAAGUGGUAUCAUGUUGCAUAAUUUUUUAAUUAGAAAUCGAAGGACUCGCUACAUAAAGUACAGAGUCUUAACCUUUCACCUCCUUUGACAUUUAGUCAAAGUUAGUAUUAAUAACCAUUACUUGAAACUUACCUCACGUGAGAUACUUAAGUAUAAAUUUCGAGUUAGAUUUGAGUUUUUCAUACUUAAAUCACGCAAUAUAUACGACAUUAUAUUUGUAAUCGCAAUUCAACAGAAAAAUUCACAUCUAACUGUGUGUUCAAAUCUGAAUAUCUUAUUUAGGUAAGGUUAUUUUUCAAAUAACGAUUACUAAUACUGGUUUUAGAAACUUGCGAAUAAGUGAUUAGCUAAUAGCAUAUAUUGGUUUCACAUAGAUUUUCUAAAUAUAUUUAACAUUUUAGAAUCGUUUGUAAAACGAUGCGUAUUACCUGAAUAUGCUACCUUUAAUGAGAGAUCACUGAGAAAAUAUCAGCGCUUCGUGCCAUUGCAGGAUAAAACAUUUUAAUCCAUUCAAUGAUUUUGGAAGAAAUUUAUUUAAAAGUCGAAAGACUUUUAAGCUGAACGACAACUUUGAAUUAUUUUUUAUUUUAAACACGCUUUUUUUGUAAAUACUCGUGAAUUUAUACUAACUAAUAAGCUAAGUAAACAGAAGACACUUACGAGAACUAAGAAGAAAGAAGAACUUUUUAUUAAAAGAAAUAAAAUUAUUAUUAGAAAUAAAAUACGCGCGCGAAAAAUAAAUAUAUGUAAUAGUGCUCUCACGACGGAAUAGUUUUCUGAUGACUAGUUUGUCGAAUGAAAAGUCUAUGCAACUUGACGGGCGAAUUUAAGGGAGCAAAAGUCACUUACUAGAAAUUUGCAAAGUUGUAAAAUUUAUCCCAGAUUCAAGGGCGCCCGGCCCAGUAGCGCCGGCACUGAGGUGCGCGCGCCUGGACGAGCGGAAUACCGAAACGGGUUAAAAGGCCGAAUUGACGACGGACGCGAACGCGGAACAUGCAUCCGGUUGUUUGCAUGACCUCGUCCUCGACUCCGCCGCCCACCGCGCGCCCCUUCGUGGCCGCCGAAUCGUCGUCGUCGUCGUCGUCGUCGCAUGUCUGUCAAAAUCGGCGAGUGGCUCGCGGCAGUGGCUCGCUCGCGAGGAGGAUGUGAAAAGGAGAAGGUGGUGGCAGAGUGUCGAGGAGAGGAGAAAUAGCGGACGCGAGAACUCGUGUUGCUGUCCUAUCGCGGACAAGAGGACAUCGACGUGUCUGAGCGAGUUAAAUCGAAGGAUGCGUCCGCGCUCAAGACGUGCAACCACGGCGACCGGCGUCUGUGCGUUCCACUCGUGAUAACGACAAGCUGCUAAAGAGCUGGUGCAGCAAACGCAGGGGGAGGAGGAGGAGGAAGAAGAAGAGGAGGAUAACAACGUUCAGAGGAUAAGAGACAUCGCCGUCAUCUUCGUCGUCGUCGUCGUUGUUGUCGUCGACGCCGACGCCGCCACCGCCACCGCUCCCGUCACCGUUACCGUCGCCGUCAUCCCCGUCGAGCAGUCGACGCAAGCAGCAAUGGCCGCCGCCGUCAACGGGGUCGGGCUCGAGGAGCUGAGGACCGAGAUCGAGCGGUUGUCACGCGAGCUCGAUUUAGCCUCUACCGAGAAGAUACAGUCGGCGCAGUACGGACUCGCGUUGCUCGAGGAGAAGUCGGCUCUGCAGCAACGAUGCAACGACCUCGAGGCCCUCUACGAAAACACGAAACAUGAACUGGAGAUCACGCAGGAGGCCCUCGCAAAGUUCCAGACAACUACAAAGUUGACCACAAAGAGCGGCAUUGAGCAAGAAGAGAGUCUUCUGAGUGAGAGUGCUGCUCGUGAAACUUCUUUGCAAACACAGAUUAUAGAGCUAGAGAAUGAAACAAAACAGCUACGUCAUGAAUUGGAACGUGUGGAGGUGGAACGUGAUCACGCGUUGCAGGAGCGCGAGGAAGUCGGGAAGGAUCAUCAGCAGGCGGAGACGGAACGCAAAUCGUUGCGAACGGAAUUACGGGAAUGCAGGUUCCGUGAGACUCGCCUGCUUCAGGACUACUCUGAGUUAGAGGAUGAGAACAUCUCAUUGCAGAAGCAAGUGUCCGGUUUGCGGUCCAGUCAGGUGGAAUUCGAAGGUGCCAAACACGAAAUUCGCAGAUUGACAGAGGAGGUUGAAUUAUUUAACAGCCAGGUUGAAGAACUGACGAAUCUGAAGAAGAUAGCAGAGAAGCAGAUGGAGGAGGCUCUUGAGUCUUUACAGGCUGAGCGCGAGGCCAAGUACGCCCUAAAGAAAGAGCUGGAUCAGCGGAUUAACAGCGAAUCGAUUUAUAACCUUAGCAAUCUCGCGCUCUCCAUCCGCGGCAUCACAGAAGAUCAGACGAUAUGCAGCGACGGCGAGGACGACUCGCCUGCAUUGCGCAGAAUUGAGGCGGAUCUGAAAACGCAAGAGCCGGGCACGUCUGCAACUGACAAGCAGGUCGACUUAUUCUCUGAGAUUCAUCUGAACGAGCUGAAGAAGCUGGAGAAGCAACUGGAGCUUGCGGAGACCGAGAAGGCUCAUCUCAUGCAAAAUCUACGCGAGUCGCAGUACGCGGUCGAGAAGAGCCAGGGCGAGCUGCAGACGUUCGUUGCGCGAAUAGUGCAGCUGGCAGCACAUGUGCAAUCGUUACAUCAUCUUCACUCGAAAUUACCCGAGAAGCAGAGCGAAGAAACGACGCUGGAUAAACUCAACCAAGCUAUUGUGCAGUACCAUCAAUGGAGUACCAUGUCCGCUCGCGAGAUUGCCCAAUUGCAAAAAGACCUGGCGGAGUUGGAGAAUGGCUUGGCCGUGUCCGACUCGACGCAGCAGCUGAGAACGGAGCUGACGAAUCUGAGAAAUAAGAUACCCGAGUCAGAGAAGAGCCUUCGAGAAAAGCUCUUGGACACUGAACAGAGAAGCAUGCAACUCGAGUCAGACGUGUCCACUCUGUCGAAACUCACCGCGGAAGCAGGUGGCUUCCUCGAUUCCGCUCAGAACGACCUCCAGAAUCUCUCGGAGGAACUCGCGCAACUCUAUCACCACGUGUGUACUGUCAACGGCGAGACUCCUUCGAGAGUGGUACUGGAUCACGAGAAGAUUGUUCCCGAGAAGGAGGAGGAGAGCAGCAAAAUGGACUGGUGCCGAACCUUGUUUAAGACCGACAUUAAGAUCAAGGAUCUGGAGAGUCUCAGUAAGGCGAAGGAAAUUGCGAAACACAUAGAGACGGCGAUGGACCAAAUAAAGCAUCUCAGAAGCUCGGUGGAGCACACGAUCGAACUGUCUAAAGUCAAAGGAAUGCAGUCCAAUGUCUGCAACGUUUGUGAAGCUUCUGUCAACGAAAACAAGGCAGAGGUAACGGACCUUCAAGAGCAAGUCAUCAGGUUAAAGGCCUUGUUGUCCGCUAAACGGGAACAGAUUGCCACGUUAAGAACGGUACUCAAAUCGAAUAAGAACACGGCUGAAGUAGCGUUGACGAAUCUGAAGAGCAAAUAUGAGAACGAAAAGAGCAUCGUGAACGAGACGAUGCUCAAACUGAGGAAUGAACUUAGGAUGCUGAAGGAAAAUGCCGCGACGUUCUCAAGUCUGCGUGCAAUGUUCGCUGCACGCUGCGAAGAGUACGUGACGCAAGUCGACGAGCUUCAACGGCAGCUCGCUGUGGCGGAGGACGACCGGAAGACGCUGAAUCAGCUGCUGCGUUUGGCGGUGCAGCAGAAGCUCGGUCUCACUAUGAAACUGGAGGAACUGGAAGUCGACCGGGAGCUGCGUAAUACCAGGCGGCACGCCGCCGGCGCGAAUGGCCGCGGUAGACCGCGACUGUCGCAACAGACGAACCGUCCCCACUUAGGCAGAGACUUCUUCUAGAAAAUGAUGAAGAUGUGGAGCAAGAUAUUCUGAGAGAAGCAAGGAUUUUGAACCUUUUCAAAUUUUUCUACUGCUCGUUGUCGCGACUUACCGCGGCACCGCGAUUGUCGUGGGCUUAGAGGACUCUAGUGAGUAUAAUUGACUUCUCCUUCGUUAGAAAUGAGACGUCACGUCCGCGGUCUCGUAGAUACGUGCGCAGUAAUAUCGAGAAUAAUAACGUUCUCGCGAGACGUAUUUUUGCAAAAGAGACGGACAGGCGGGCGGGCAUGUUAAAUGGUUGAAGUGAGAGAGAGAGAGAGAGAGAGAAAGAUAAGAAAACAGAAAAUUAUGACGCCGUCCUCACUAUAAUUGGAAGAAAAAUUGCGCUCGAUGAAUGCGGGGGAAGUAAGAAAGGACGUUUUAAAGAUUGUGCGAAAUGUUCAGUUUAAUGCCCCGUGAAUUUUGCUCCAUAUCAUAGAGUCUCUUCGGGGAGAGCUCUGCCUUGUGUUACCACUAUUGUUAAUAGAGGAAUUUAAGGGGUGUAGGAUAAAGAAGAAACCUUCGUUGAAGCGACCUUGUGCUCUCUGCAGCGUGGGUUUGCUACUCGUGAGUUUUAACGUUUUAACGUUUCUACUACGUUCUCUAUGUAUGAAACGCGCUUCAGCCGCGUUCUUUGUGAUGCCGUUGAGUGCGAAUUAACGUGCGAAUGUUCGAUCCGUUUUCGUUCUCGUUGCUUCUUUUUUUUUUUCACCGUACAGAGGCAACACUCUGCUUUCGGUUGUCGACUCAAGAGCUCAUCGAGCUCCGCCAACUAUCGCUUCAGCAUGCUUAAUUUAUUAACGCUUCACGUAUUUCCUAACGAUUCCUCGUCGCCACGGCGACUCCAAGGAUAUCCCGUUGACAGUGCGCGUAGCAUAGUAACCGUCCGUGGACCGGCGAAACGCUUUCACGUACGUUAGGGGAGAAAAAAGAAGAAAGAAGGAAAAGGGGGACGCACGACGGAAGGCACGUGCACCGUUUGUAGGUAGAUAGAUAGAACGAUGGCGGAUUUUACAUUGCAUACCAUAGAGACAAUAUCGAUAUCGCGCGUGACCGGUAGCGUUUAUAAUCAAAGUAGCGGAACGGAAUGUCGUAGGCAAGUAGACUCUCGAAAAGUUUUAUUAAUCGGUAGCCGAGUAAAACAGGACGUAGGGAUCUAUCUUCCAAGUAGAGAACCUCUCAGGUCAACCUCGUAAUAAAAGCUGACACAAAACGAUAGUCGGAUGCAUCGAAUAUUCCGCCUCACGCUCGCUUAUUUUAUCCGAUGAUUUUCUUCGAGCAAAUAUUUUGAAAAGUUGUAUUCCUCACGUGUUGUCCACUUGCUUAUCUUUUUCGUCGGCAUCGAUAAACGUUCUCGCAAUCUCGUUGUUAAUCGCGGGGAUUUCGGUUGUUCGUGCCACUGAGGAGAGUCGGGCCGGAACGUCCGCAUCACGUUCGGGAAGUAUUGCCAAUACUUUGCGCGAUAUGUGAUAUACGCGACCAUAAGACUCUCACGGGUCUUCAUUUAGCUUGUUUGUAUCUAGGACCUUUGCCAUCUUCUCUGCAGAUACCUCGUUCUUUUCUCCAUAAUCAAGUUCAUGUAACGCGGCCUAAGUGGUCCACGUCAAUUUUACUGACUUCUAGCGGCAGCUAAUUAAAUGCACGUAUCGUUUAUUAGGCUUAAUUAUUGCAAUGAUAAUUAAAUGUAUUAGAGAUGCAGCUAUUCUUUAGCGUAACUUUUAUCAUUUGUUAUAAUUAUUAUUUAUCUAGAUGUGUAUGUGUUUUUAUUGGCAAAGCGCUUCGCGAGGCACACAUCAAUUUUAACAUUUAUUCAAGCAUAAUGACCACUGGCCUCUGAUGGGGUUACGAGUAAUGGCUUUUUUUAUUUAAAAAAAGGCGCACGCGAGAGGAGCUCUGAUUAUUACAGUUUUAUCGGUUAUCGUUGUCUUAUACUUUUGUAGAAGUGUAAACGUGAUAUAUAUAUGUGCUCACACAUGUGUGUGUUACGCAGGGUGCUCUUUUACUUUAGUAUUCUUUGUAGAUACAUCGUGCACGUGUUCCCCCUAGUAUUAUACUCAUAUUUAUAAUUUAUAGUUUGCCAUUGCAGAAAGCAGUCAUUCCAAUCGAAACAGCCACAAUGUGAUCGAUGCUCGACCUUUAACGAUUUAUGCACCGAUUGUACGUCAGUAUUUUACGAACCCAUGUAUUAAUUAUUAUUAUUAACGUUAUUAUUGUUGUUGAAGUGCAUACAUUCAAAAUGCAAUGAAUGUAAAGGAGCAUCCUGCGAAAAUGAAUUUAUAUAUACGAUUUAAUCAUGUCAUAGGUUGUCUUCAAUCAAAUCUGUUACUAUGGCUCUAUUGCUAUUAUCUUUUUAUUAUUAUUAUUAUACUCUAUUACUAUUUUUAUUAUUAUUAUUAUUAUUGCCUGUCGACUUCGUCGCUCGUAUUAAGACGAAUAUCUAAAGAGAAUUUAUCGAUCGUUCAUCAAUCAAUGUAUAAAUUGAUUGAUCAGUUGUCGCUAUUAUUAUAUCUAUAUCAUGUAAUUAUAGCGUCAUCUGUGUCUACAACGCGUGUUGCGAAUGGGGAUCCUGUUUUCCGUUUUCUACGAUCCAACCGUCAAUCACGCUCUAUUCGCAUUUAGAAUAAAGCGAUUUUCUCUGAUCUUUCAAUUCGUUUAUACGUUUAUACGUUUUUAUUUUCAGUGUAGAAUUUUACUUCUCUGUGCGUUACCUAAGUUUAAAUGUCGACAAAUCGAUCAGUGAAGACUAUCGGUUUAUUGAAAGUCAGUUGCACUGACUCGCAAUAGAUAUUAUUGCAAUAAUAAUUAUUAUUAAUCUUGCUUACAGGGACUCUCUGUUUCCCUCUUUUUCUAGAAAUAGAUUUUGCGCUUUCAAGUUAACUGUUAACCGUUUAAGUUAACCGUUGCAAUAUAGACGGAUGAGAAGCGUUCUUAUUUUUGAUUACGUCAUCCGCGUUGGUGCAAUUGUCUCUGAAUGGUAACGCGAGCAGUAGGUUUUACUCGAUAAUCUUAUGUAUUGACCACCCACACAGGAAAAACGAUCAUGGAAUUCCGCAAGAUUCGCACGCACUUAGGCGUUAGACACAGGUCGAGCUAAUUUGUGUCCACAAACCGAGCCAGUCUCAGACCACCGUCCCUUCCCUUUUCGCCUCGUACCAACGUCGGGAACGAGCCGGGCAAUGAAAGAUUCUUCCGUUGAUUCAAGGAGCUAUCCUCACGUAUUUUUCACGAGAAACUUCGUCCUCGACUUUUACCUAGCCGUCCGCGCCGCUCGACGCGACUGGAGACGCCGACAUCAGAAAUAAGUCGGAGGAUAAAUCUUCAUUAUAAUUAACAGCGGCGACGAUAGCGAAUAAUUGUAAUUCAGAGAUUGCGCGUAGUUGUCAACAUUCGAUGAUAACGUUCGUAAGCGUGAAGAAUCGAAUGGCGUUCCGAUAGAUUUUUGAAAACUAUAAGAUUACUUCGUCACGAUGAGACGAAUUGUGCAAUUUCUACGCUCGUUGAGAUUAGUUAAAUGCAUUGCUUUUGUUGAUCGACUUUGCGAAGGAUCACGAUGAUGACGCACAGUCUCUGAAAUUCGUUGUCGCAGAUUGGCGAAUUACGAUUAGCGCGUCGUCCAGUCGCGGAGGCGCACAGCUUCGACAACUUCUGCCAAAGAUAUUCUGUCCUUUCGAAGGACCGACACGGUUCCUUCCGUACAUUUAGCGUCCUUCAUAAAGUUCCUCCGCGUUCGUAAGAGAAGUUGCGUGUCGGCGCCGUGUAUUUCUAUUUACGCCAUCUCGUCAACUGUCGUCUUGAAUGCUCCUCCAGAGAAGAGGAUUCUCUUCUUCUUCUUCUGCGCCUUGAAAUUCUCACUUCUCGCAUAAGUCUCGUCAUAAAGAUCGCUCGAUGAUUUCACAUUUUUAUACCGAUCAUUUCAAUGCUCGGCUGAUAUUUGAGCCAUUCACCAAAUUUCCUGAUGUGAAUCGUAUUUUUCGAGGAGACCGCCUCAGACGUUUCGGAGGGCGUUCAAUCCUUGUGUACCGAAUUACUUGUCGAGUACGCGUUUAAGAAGCUUAGAGUGUGUUUGUAAGCUAGAAAGAAAGAAGAGAAAGAGCGAUUUUGAGGUCAAAUUAAAAAAAAAAGAAACAAAGGGCGAAUGUUGUUGGCUUUAUGAACAAUAAUAUUCGGGAUCUGCCCGUUGCAAUUAUUGGUAAACGAGGCUUGGAACGACGGGCAGAUUUGCUCAAGGCUUCCACAAAAACUCUCAUUGCGUCCCGCCCGGUGAUGUUCCCGACGUUGGUCGUGUGCUUAGAUCACAAUACGUGAGACUAGGAGUUAAAAAAGAAAAAAAAAGAGAAAAUGAGACUCGAGUAACGAGUCGAUUAGCUGUAAAUGGCGUAGGCUAAGAGAUCGAUCGAGCGUAGCGCGCAUGCUGGGGAAUGACUUUGUCCAGAAGGAGGACUCGGAGCGAGAACUCGAUGUAAUCUGCGAUGCGUGUGAGACGUCCCGAAGACGACUUUGCGUGUAUUGCACUUCGACCGGGUCCAUGUCGCACUUUGUACGCGAGAUAUUUUUACACUUUGUCGUUCACUCAGUCAUCACACACAUGUCACGUUAAGAAAUAACGUUCUUAUUUCUUUUCGUAUUGGCGGCGAUAAUCGAGACGACGACCAGACGACGUCGUUAGUAUCAUUUUGCGAAUUCGCGCGUGUCGACGAGCAACGUCGAAGGCUGCUAAUUGGUAAUGUAACAUAUACUAUUGCGCGCCGAGAAUAGCUUGCUCUCAACGAGAGAGCAUGUAUUAAUAAUUUGAUUCGCGAAAUAAUGUAGCUACGCAGUCGUCGUUGCGAUUAUCGAACAUCCGUUGAAUCAAAUCACUUCGUUGGGAGCAAUAUCGAUUCUUUAACAUAUUGUGCCGAUUGUUAGGCAUUAUUAAUUACAUGUUACUCAAUACAUCCUGAUGCAGAACACACAUAGCUCAAUUUUAACCCGACACUCCGUUGGAAACAAAUCAGUUUUUUUUUCUGAAUUAGGUGUAAUUUUACGUGGUUUUAACAUCUUUACAUAGACUUAUAUGAUAAAUUCUUUAAUAUAGACGUAGCGUUCGGUAUUUGAUGUCGGAUAGUACCUAUCAGCAUAGGAAGAUGUAAUUAAUGAAUUACUGGCGAGAUCUUUUGAGUCUGAUAUAUGUUGACUCUAAUUUGAGAAGAGAAAACAAAAACAGAAACCUUUAUCAUACAGUCCUGCUUAAAAUGAUGCAAAACAAUAAUAUUACAUAAAUUUGUGUCCUGAAUUUCAGUCUAAAUCAGUGUAAAUGAAUAAAACAAUAAUUAAUUUACACUGAGAUAUUCAGACUGAAUCGAUAUUCAGGCGUAAUCUUAUCGCUCUGUACCCGUUAUUUUAAUUAGGGAGAGCGAGUUUCAACGACUUGGCUUUGCCUCGUGCUUGAGCAUGGACCCAGAAAACUGUACAUAUUGUAAAUGCACUUCUAGCGUUACGGCAUUAUACAUACAUUAUGUAAAACGUACCAAUUACAUCGCGGAGAUUAGCGAACGAUUUAUAACAUGCAUAUAUAUAUAUAUAUAUAUAGAUAUAUAGAUAUAUACGAACGUCAACGAGCGUAUUAUAUUUUCUCCGUAGCCGUAUAGAUCAUUAAUCGUUAACAUAGAACAGAGAAAGAGAAAAAAAUCCGGAACCAGCCGCCGUUCAUAGUAACUUCGUAAUUCUUCUGCGUUUAUUGAGAAUUAAUUAAUCGGAGCACAGAGGCGCGCAGCCAGUCAUGUUAAAUUAGAUUGGACGUAGCAGUUAAAUAGGUGUUCAGUCAGUGAUACAUUAUUUGCAAAGGGAUAUUUAAAAGAAAAAACUAAAAAAGAUUAAAAAAAAAUGACGAAAAGACAAAGUGCGUAUUCAAGCCACGCUCGUGGUACCUGGCGUUGACGUUAUUAAACGAUGGUACACUAUACGUAGUAGAGAUUCCUUUUGUAACAUAAAGUGAAAUAUAAUCAUUUGUAACAGGA